AUGGGAAGUAUUGAGGGUCAAGAAACACACGUUCUAAUGGUAGCAUUACCGUUCCAAGGUCACCUAAAUCCAAUGCUCAAAUUCGCCAAACAUCUCGCACGAACCAACCUACACUUCACUCUCGCCACCAUUGAAUCAGCCCGUGACCUCCUCUCAUCCACCGAUGAACCCCAUAGCCUGGUGGAUCUUGUGUUCUUCUCUGAUGGUCUGCCUAAAGACGAUCCAAGAGACCACGAACCUCUCACAGAGUCAUUGAGAAAAGUCGGAGCCAAUAACUUUUCGAAAAUAAUCGAAGGAAAGAGAUUUGAUUGCAUCAUCUCUGUGCCUUUUACUCCAUGGGUUCCAGCUGUUGCAGCUGCUCAUAACAUUCCUUGUGCAAUCCUCUGGAUUGAAGCUUGUGCAGGUUUCUCAGUUUAUUACCGUUACUACAUGAAGACAAACUCUUUCCCCGAUCUCGAAGAUCCUAAUCAAAAAGUGGAGUUACCAGGCUUACCGUUUUUAGAAGUCCGAGAUCUCCCGACAUUGAUGUUACCUUCUCACGGUGCUAUCUUCAAUACACUAAUGGCGGAAUUCGUCGAAUGCUUGAAAGAUGUUAAAUGGGUUUUGGCUAAUUCAUUUUAUGAACUCGAAUCGGUUAUAAUUGAAUCGAUGUUUGAUUUAAAACCUAUUAUCCCAAUUGGUCCUCUUGUUUCUCCAUUUCUUUUGGGAGCUGAUGAGGACAAAAUCUUAGAUGGGAAAAGCCUAGAUAUGUGGAAAGCUGAUGAUUAUUGUAUGGAGUGGCUUGACAAACAAGUUAGGUCUUCAGUUUUUACAUAUCUUUCGGAAGCAUACUCAAAUCAUCAGAGAAUCAAGUCGAGACCAUAGCGACAGCAUUAAAAAACAGAGGAGUUCCAUUUCUAUGGGUGAUACGGCCAAAGGAGAAGGCCGAAAACGUUGACGUUUUGGAAGAUAUGGUUGAAGAAGGUCAAGGAGUUGUUAUUGAAUGGGGUCAACAAGAGAAGAUACUAUGCCAUAUGGCGAUCUCUUGUUUUGUCACUCAUUGUGGAUGGAACUCGACGAUCGAGACGGUGGUGAGUGGUGUUCCGAUGGUGGCGUAUCCGACUUGGUUUGAUCAGCCGCUUGACGCGAGAUUGCUUGUUGAUGUGUUUGGAAUCGGAGUACGGAUGAAGAACGAUGUCGUCGAUGGAGAGCUUAAGGUUGCUGAGGUGGAGAGAUGCAUUGACGCCGUGACAAAGGGUACCGACGCUGCGGAUAUGAGGAGGAGAGCGGCGGAGUUGAAGCAAGCGACGAGAUCGGCGAUGGCGCCUGGUGGAUCCCUCGCUCGUAAUUUGGACUUGUUCAUCAACGACAUCAAAAUCGUUAAAAAUGAUGUAAUUUUAACACCAAAAUAGUGUUUAGCCUUCGAAAUACCCUAUAGACGGACUGUGAUUAUCUAUUAACCGGAAAUAACCGGAUAUUAAAUUUUGAAAUUGAACCAGAUACUGCUAGAAACUUCACAUUUCGAAAAAAUUAUAAUUUUACACACAAUUGCGAAAGAUUUCAUCAUCUUGCAUCAGAGAUCUUCAACUGCGAAAAAACUCGAGUCUCCGAUGAAUCUGUAAAUCCAAAUCUGUUCUUCGAUUCAUCACCAUUCUGAAAUAUCGAGUUCGUACUAAACGAAUCACUCACCAUCAACCUCGGAGCAACCAACGAACCACCGGAAUUAAUCGCCGUACUAUCUUCUUCAUGAGCCUCUCGACGAUUCGUCAUCAUCUGUAGCUGAAGAACAUACUCAAGAUCCCAAAUCACAUCCCUCAUACUCGAACAUCACCCAUUCCGAUAGAUUCACUUCUUCGUGAGGAAGAUAAGGAUCUAUAGCUGGUCUCGCGAACAGUACCUCGAGGAGGACGACUCCGAAUGCGUAAACAUCUGAUUUCUCUGUUAAUUUAUGUGUUUGGAGAUAUUCUGGAUCCAAGUAACCGAAUGUUCCUUUGAUGUUUAUGCUGAUAUUGCUUUCAUCUUGAUUAUGAA